CUCGCCGCUCUGGCUUUGUGAACCGGCCGGCAUUUUCUUUUCACCUAGUUCCAGUACCAGCUCUCAGUGCUUACAGGAGCUGUUAUCAUUCUUACAACUUUUUCCACGACAAUCUGCUAAACAAUGCCUGGCUUUUCAGACAGAGACCGGGGCAGAGAUAGAGGGUAUGGUGGUGGACCUCCUCGUUUUGGUGGCGGCGGAGGCAACAGGGGAGGACCUCCUCAGGGAAAGUUUGGAAACCCUGGAGAAAGACUGAGGAAGAGACACUGGAACCUGGACGAGCUUCCAAAGUUUCAAAAGAACUUCUACCAGGAGCAUCCAGAUGUCACACACAGACCUCUGCAAGAGGUCGAACAGUAUCGUAGAAGCAAAGAAGUUACGGUCAAAGGCAGAGAUUGCCCCAAACCAAUUAUUAAAUUCCACGAAGCUGCGUUUCCAAACUACGUCAUGGAUGUUAUUGUUAAGCAGAACUUCACUGAACCGACUCCAAUCCAGUCCCAGGGGUGGCCUGUUGCUUUGAGUGGUAAAGACAUGGUUGGCAUCGCUCAAACUGGCUCUGGGAAAACCAUCGCAUACCUUCUGCCAGCAAUUGUUCACAUCCAACAUCAGCCAUUUUUGGAGCAUGGGGAUGGACCUAUUUGCUUGGUGCUGGCACCGACCCGUGAGCUGGCUCAGCAGGUGCAACAAGUUGCUGCUGAAUACGGCAGGGCUUCUCGUCUCAAGACUACUUGCAUCUACGGUGGAGCACCAAAAGGACCACAGAUAAGGGACCUUGAGAGGGGAGUGGAGAUUUGCAUCGCUACCCCAGGCCGUCUCAUCGACUUCCUGGAGUGUGGAAAAACGAACUUGCGUCGUUGCACCUACCUUGUGCUUGAUGAAGCAGACCGCAUGCUGGACAUGGGCUUUGAACCUCAGAUCCGCAAAAUAGUGGAUCAAAUUCGGGUUAGUUGCUCCUCUGGAUUUGAUAGAGUACUGAAUGCAAUUCUUUUAAUAACAUUUUUUUUUUUGUGCGUGUCUGAUUAUAGGUGGCCAGCAAUGGGAAUCCACGGUGACAAGAGCCAGCAGGAGAGGGACUGGGUCCUUAAUGAGUUCAGAUUCGGCAAAGCUCCGAUUCUUAUCGCUACAGACGUGGCCUCCCGUGGGUUAGAUGUGGAGGAUGUGAAAUUUGUCAUCAAUUAUGACUACCCUAACUCCUCCGAGGACUAUAUCCACCGCAUUGGCCGCACGGCCCGCAGUCAAAAAACGGGCACCGCCUACACCUUCUUCACCCCCAACAACAUGAAACAGGCCAGUGACCUGAUCUCUGUGCUGCGCGAGGCCAACCAGGCCAUCAAUCCCAAGCUGAUCCAGAUGGCAGAAGACAGAGGAGGUCGUGGAAGGGGGGGAAGAGGUGGUUACAGGGAUGAUCGUCGCGAUAGGUAUUCAGGGGGCGGCAGAAGUAAUUUUGGCGGUGGCGGCUACAGGGACAACGAUAGAGGGUUCGGCAACGGGCCCAAAACUGCCUUCGGGGGGAGCAAAGCCCAAAAUAGCGGGAAUUACGGAGGCGGCAAUAGCAAUCCCGGUGGUAACUAUGGCAACAAUUACAACAACACUAACGGACAGGGUAAUUUCAGCGCUCCACCAAACCAAGGUGGCUUUGGCAACCAGAACUUCCAAGGCCCGCCUCAGUUUGGCGGCAUGCAAAGGCCCGCUCAGAACGGCGUGAACCACGCGCCUUUCCCCUUCAACUCUCAGCCUCCACCACAGAACCAACAGGCCCCGCCCCCACCGCCCAUGGUGCCCUACCCCAUGCCGCCACCAUUCCCUCAGUAAAUAUUGUAUAUAAACACAUUUGAAAAGCAGUCUUACCGUACGAAUCUUGUUAUUCUUUGUUUAAUGUUGUUUUGCUUACAGCAUGGUUGGAAUUAUUCAGUAAACCCAGAAGAGUAAAUGGGAUCAUAGCCUCCCGUCGUGUAAACAAGUUUGCUGCACUUUUUCCUGGACUGUAUUUUUUUCAUUUUUUUUUCUUUUGUUACAUUCCUCGGUAAUUUAUUUUUACUAGGUAAUCCUGUGUUCACUUUCAGUUUAAAGUGAUGUAAUGGAAGUUGUAUCAAAGGGUGCCGGUGGCCCCGUUUUAAAUAAAGAGGAGAAAAUAAAAAGUGGUGGUUUAAGUGUGA